AUGUUGAGAAGAGCUUCAAGUGCAUUUACACAGAUAGCCAGAGCUAAAAGCUCUGGCUCGUCUACCUCUGCUUUAGCGUACAAGACACUUCAUCGUAAUCAAAAGAGACCGCCAUUACCAACGAUAGAAACACCAAAUUGGUCAGCCGAUACAGCCGUAUCGUCGAUUUUAUAUGAAACUCCAGUUGCUUCCAAAGCUCCUCCAAAACAACAUGUUCUUAAUUGUUUAGUUCAAAAUGAGCCAGGUGUUUUGUCCAGUGUGUCAGGAACAUUAGCUGCACGUGGAUUCAACAUUGAUUCAUUAGUUGUAUGCAAUACUGAAGUCAAGGAUUUGUCACGUAUGACCAUUGUUCUCAAGGGACAGGAUGGAGUUGUUGAGCAGGCACGUAGACAAAUUGAAGAUUUGGUACCAGUAUAUGCUGUUUUGGACUAUACUAAUGCCGAGAUUAUAAAGAGAGAGUUAUUAUUGGCGAGGGUAUCAAUAUUGGGACCGGAAUAUUUCCAGGAAUUAAUUGCAACUCACCAAUUACAUAUUGAUGAUGCUUCUUCAAUUCCUGACUUAUCUGCAUGCGAUUCAGCAUUCCAUCCUUCUAAUUUGGCACCAAGUGAAGCAUUGAGACAAAAACAUAACCAUUUGGAUCACAUCACCACAAUCACGACCCAGUUUGGCGGUAAAGUUGUUGAUAUUAGCGAUAGAAACGUUGUUGUUGAAUUGAGUGCAAAGCCUUCAAGAAUUAAUGCUUUCAUUACAUUAUUACAACCUUUUGGAAUUUUAGAGUUGGCUAGAUCCGGUAUGAUGGCAUUACCAAGAACGCCAUUAGAAAAAUUCGAUGAAGAUGACGAAUUGCCUGUAGAUGCAGCAGACAUUGUUGAUGCUUCGCAAUUGCCUCCGGGCUAA